AUGACAUAUACAUUAGAUUUUUAUGACUACGAAGCUUUAUCAAAACACUCACGAAAACCACUACACAGACCGAUGCACAAGACAAAGCCGAAGAAUACCAAAACCCAAGGCAUAGUCGGUAAGAUAUUUUCUCAUAGCUCAUCCUACAACGGACAGCUAUUUUCCGAAGGGGAAAUGAACAACCAAUCGGACUAG